GCGCGCGACAGCAGUUACACUGCGGCGGGCGUCUGUUCGAGUGUUUGAGCCGUUCUUCACCGGUCUACCUCGCUAGCAUGUCGGGCCGCGGCAAGACUGGCGGCAAGGCCCGCGCCAAGGCCAAGUCGCGCUCGUCGCGCGCCGGCCUCCAGUUCCCAGUGGGCCGUGUACACCGGCUGCUGCGGAAGGGCCACUACGCCGAGCGCGUUGGCGCCGGCGCGCCAGUGUACCUGGCGGCAGUGCUGGAGUACCUCACCGCUGAGAUCCUGGAGCUGGCGGGCAAUGCGGCCCGCGACAACAAGAAGACGCGAAUCAUCCCCCGCCACCUGCAACUGGCCAUCCGCAACGACGAGGAGCUCAACAAGCUGCUGGGCGGCGUGACGAUCGCCCAGGGAGGCGUCCUGCCCAACAUCCAGGCCGUGCUGCUGCCCAAGAAGACCAGCGCCACCGUGGGGCCGAAGGCGCCCUCGGGCGGCAAGAAGGCCACCCAGGCCUCCCAGGAGUACUAAGAGGGCUCGCGCCGCGGCCGGCCGCCAGGCCUCCCCAUGCCACCACAAAGGCCCUUUUAAGGGCCACCACCGCCCUCAUGGAAAGAGCUGAGCCACUUCAGACUGCGGGGCAAGCGGGCCGCGGCUCCCGGCUCCCUUCCCCUCCCCUCGCCCGCCUUCGCCGCCCGGCCUCGAGUCCCCGCCCGCCCCCGCUCCUGGCCCGCACCGCCUGCCGCGUCGGCCUCGGGCCCUGCCCCGUACGCUGUCCGCCCUCCGGUAGGGCUCGGGCCUUCCAGAUGCAGCUUGGGCGCUCUUCGGGGACCGCCGUGGCGCGGAAGACCCGAGCCUGCCGGGGGGGGGCCGGCGGCGCCGCACCUGCCCGCCUCGGCUUUCGUGACUCAGCCGCCCCAUCCCGAGUCGCUAAGGGGCUGCGGGGAGGCCGCAGCACCUUCUGGAAGACUUGGCCUUCCGCUCCGACGCAGGGCCGAGGUGGGCAGUCCAGGCCGAGAGGCCGGCGGCCCUGAAGGUCUGCGCUGGGGCCGGGACGAAGCGCUUGGUAACAGGCACAUCUUCCUCCCGAGUGACUGCCUCCGGACAUUUAGGGGAGGGCAGAGGCCUGCAGUUUGGCUUCACGGCUGGCUAUGUGGACAGCAAGAGUCGUUUUCGCGGAAGCCGACUGGCAGCCAGGCCUGUCAGGCCCCCCCACGCCGCCCCAUUUCCCUUCCAGCAAACUCAACUCGGCAAUCCAAGCACCUAGAUACCAGCACAAGUCGGUUAAUCCCUGUCUGGACUGAGCCUCCGUUGGCUUCCGAACUGGAAUUUUGCAGCUAACCCUUCCACGACUAGAACCUUAGGCAUUGGGGAGUUUUAGAUGGACUAAUUUUAUUAAAGGAUUGUUUUUUUUUUUUAA